CUUAACUAGUGCAUGACGGCCUCAUCUUCGGCUAAAGAGCAAACCGACAUCAGCUGAGUUUGCAUGAAGUGCCAUCCUUGUAGCUAAACAAAUAGGAAUUUAUCAUCACGUAAAAUUCAUGAUUAGCAUUUUACAACGGUACAGCUUGUAAAACCACUGAAACAACUGACGCAAUCUGCCCAGAAACGCGUUAGAGGAGAAAUAACAUUGCAUCAAAAACCCGGCUAACAAAGAGGAUCUCUUUCAACGACAACAUUUUUCCUCCGUAUUCAAUAGUUAUGAGUCAUGUGGCCGUCGAAAAUGUCCACGGUCUAGAGCAGCAGCUGGCUGUCCUAGACUUGAGUGGGGCAGACGGACAAGGUGGAGGCCCUAACCGAAAUGCCUUCGCUGCCCAGCGGCCGGGGGGAUACACCAUAGCGCCGCCAGCAACAUAUGGCUGGGAUGCGGGUCGCAACAACUUUGUGAACGGCUACCAUGACAACCGCAUGGCUGGCGCAAACACAUUUCAACACCGAGGUCCGCCUCGCAUGGAGCGGGGCCGCGGUGGCAUCGGAGGGGGUUACCGUGGCAACAGGGGCGGAGCCUUCAACCCCAUCAUCCCCGCGGUGCAACCAAUGGCGUUCGCCGGCUACGAAAACAAAGUCUUUCUGCCAGAUGCAGGUGGCUGGAACACGCCCAAGGAAACUUACGGCAAUUUUGGCAACAACCGAGGGAAGUCUGCCUUCUUCAAUCACACAGGAAACGCCAACAGAGGAAGGUUUGAUCACGGUGGAUUCAGUGGUGGUGGAGGAGGUGGUGGAGGCGGAGGAGGUGGAGGAGGAGGUGGAGGAGGAGGUGGAGGAAGUGGUGGUGGAGGAGGAGGAGGAAACAACCGCUGGGUGGAGGAGCCCAGAGAGGAUGGAGACUGGGCCAAACCAACGGCACGAAACGAACGCCUGGAAAGUGAGUUGUUCUCCGGCGGUAACACUGGGAUCAACUUUGAAAAAUACGAUGACAUUCCUGUUGAGGCCACGGGACAGAACUGCCCUCACCACAUCGAGAGUUUCCAGGAUGUGGACAUGGGGGAGAUCGUCAUGGCGAACAUCGCUCUCUGUCGCUACACCAGACCCACACCUGUCCAGAAAUAUGCCAUUCCUAUUGUCAAGUCGAAGCGGGACUGCAUGGCCUGCGCUCAGACAGGUUCUGGAAAAACUGCAGCUUUCCUGCUGCCGAUUCUCAGCCAGAUCUUCAGCGAAGGACCAGGAGAAGCUCUGAACGCAGCUAAAGCAUCUGGACAGGACAAUGGAAAGUAUGGCCGUCGUAAGCACUUCCCCAUGUCACUGAUUUUGGCUCCGACCAGAGAACUGGCUCUGCAGAUAUACGACGAAGCCAGGAAGUUCUCCUACCGCUCGAGAGUGCGUCCCUGUGUUGUGUACGGAGGCGCGGACAUUGGUCAGCAGAUCAGAGAUCUGGAGCGAGGCUGUCACAUGCUGGUCGCUACGCCUGGUCGACUGGUGGAUAUGAUGGAGAGAGGCAAGAUCGGACUGGACUACUGCAACUACCUGGUCCUGGACGAGGCAGAUCGUAUGUUGGACAUGGGAUUCGAACCCCAGAUCAGACGCAUCGUUGAGCAGGACACCAUGCCGCACAAAGGCAUCCGACAAACCAUGAUGUUCAGCGCCACCUUCCCUAAAGAGAUCCAGAUCCUUGCCAGAGACUUCCUGGAGGAGUACAUCUUCCUGGCGGUGGGCCGAGUGGGCUCCACCUCGGAGAACAUCACCCAGAAAGUAGUGUGGGUGGAGGAGAGCGACAAGAGGUCUUUCCUCCUGGAUCUGCUCAGCGCUACAGUCAUCCCCAGCGAGGUACAGGACAAUACUGGAGACAACAUAGAGAAACCUGGUAAGGACUCGUUGACCCUGGUGUUCGUGGAGACCAAGAAAGGUGCCGACGCUCUGGAGGACUUCCUGUAUCGGGAGGGGUACGCCUGCACCAGUAUCCAUGGCGACCGUUCCCAGAGGGACCGAGAGGAGGCGCUGAGUCAGUUCAGAUCUGGAAAAUGCCCCAUCCUGGUGGCCACAGCGGUGGCAGCUCGUGGUCUGGACAUCUCCAAUGUGAAACAUGUGAUUAACUUUGAUCUGCCCAGCGACAUCGAGGAGUACGUUCACCGUAUCGGACGUACAGGACGAGUGGGAAACCUCGGAUUGGCCACAUCGUUCUUCAAUGAUAAAAAUGGGAACAUCACCAAGGACCUGCUGGACAUCCUGGUGGAGGCGAAACAGGAAGUGCCCUCAUGGCUGGAGAGCCUGGCGUAUGAACAUCAGCACAAGACCAACACCAGAGGACGCUCUAAGAGGUUCUCCGGUGGUUUUGGAGCUCGUGAUUACCGUCAGACGGCAGCCGGAGGCACCGCCGGAGGGUUUGGAGGACGUGGAGGACGCAACCAGGCCGGACACGGAGGAAACCGCGGGUUCGGAGGAGCUGGUUUUGGAAACUUCUACACGAGUGAUGGCUACGGAGGAAACUACUCGCACCCUCAAGUGGACUGGUGGGGCAACUAGGUUCUUCCUUAACUCACCCCCUCUUCCUUCCUUUCUCCACUCCACUGUCUGCACCCCAUCCGUUUCCUCCCCCUCAUUUACCUUAAAGAAAAACCACGUGCAUGUUAUUAAACUAUUUAUACUCAUUUAUAUAGCCCUCCUUCCACCCGUAUACACUCAGAUCUUUUAAUUAUUUUCCUUUUAUCCUCCUUUCCAUCUCGCCUUUGUCUUUAGGGUCCCUCGUCUUUGGUAAAUCUCACCUCUUACAAUAGGCCACAGUAUAAAGGGAACAGUUUGAGUUGGUUAUUCUUCAGCUUAGCAGCACCCUUUUGUUUUCCGUGAGGACUGUUUGAACAAUGUUCCCUUCUCGAAGGAAAAAUAACCAAUUGAAUGAUAUGUUGGCGUUCCUUUAACCCCUGGAAGAUUUUAGAUUUACGGUCCCACAAAGCAGCUGCAGGAAGACAGCUUAUCACUUUUGGCUUCAUUGUGUUUUUGUCUGCAUCACCCAAAGCCAGCCAGGCAUCCUGUGUACCUUCACAUGUCAUCUUUGUAUGUAACGCAUGGCCAUGUUGUAAAUCACCGGCCAAACACUUUUCUAAAACAUAGCGCAGAGAUGGGCAAGAUGUCAAAUCUGAGCAAAAUAUGUCUGCAUAUAAAUUCCAAAAUGGGAUCUGUCUCCUUCCUUGACAUGAUAGAUACUUUAAAAGCAGCCACAGAAACAGAAACGUUUUUUAUUUUCACCUUUUUAAAACAUAUUGAAGUCUUGAGUUCCAGAGAUCUGAGAAAGAUGUCUAACAGACUGAAGGUACUGCGGCUGGACUCUGAAAAGCCCAUUAGCAACGAUGCUAACAGUCUCCGGACUGCUGACGGCGUCUCUUUUGUUUGAAACAAAACAUAAUGGAGGAUCAUUUGUUUCUGUACUGUGCCUUUUAAACAAUUGUCUCUUAUUUCCGUUGUUUUAAUUGCCAUAAGUGGCUACAAGUAUUGGCCAACUGUAACUAAAAGAAAUGUGUAUUUAAUGUCAUGUAUGGGUUUAAACAUGUUUUUCUUUAUUUAUAUUUGGAAGGAAACAAACUAGGCUUGAACUAAAUCAAACCUUGGCAAAAAAAAAAACUAAAACCGCGAUGAGGAAACUCAAAGCAAUUCCUUAUCUAUUUAUUGGAGCUCAAAUUCACGAGAAUGAGCUCCCAAACACAUAUAACCACUUAUAUUGAUAUACCUUCAUCCAGAGUGACUCAAGAAGACAUUAAAGAAACGACUUCUUUGCUUCGCCAGCCAGAAAGCAGAGUGGUUUUAUGCUUUUGGGAGUCGUACUAACGGAGCGAUUUGUCACAGCUCUGGUUUGAGCUUGAGUUUCUCAAAGGCAUCUUGUCACUAAUUGCUGAGUCACAUUAAAGCAGCUGUCAUUUUAUUACUAUUCACACAAAUGUAGAUCUUUAUAACCUACUCAAACGUUUUAAAAUGUGAGGUCAAACUUCACUUUCUAACCUUCUAUUGUAAGAUAGACAUGGCAUACUCUUUCCGCACCUAGCAUGGACAUGAAUAUUGUCCUACUGCAUUUAAUGGAAAUGAAACACGGCCGCUGCUGAAGAAACAAAAUGACUCUUAGUGCCUCGUUGCUUUUGAGAAUCGUGCUCCGCUUUCCACUACAAACAUUUAAAACCCUUGUCUGCCAAAAGCUUCUUUCAAGGGGGAUACACAACUUUAAAAAAAGGCUUAAAGAGUUCAAAAUGUUCUCGCUCACUCUAUCCUGGAGAGUUACAUGAAGAGUCUUCUCUAAAAUAAGUCAUUCCAGUUUCUUUGUUCAGUCUUUAGGAUAACAGUAAAAGGAUAUAGCCGAACCGUUUCACAGCAGGGACAGACGGGGCUUUCCAGGGGAGAUAAUGCCACACUUUGUACACAAGUUAGCCCUUUUAGCUUCACUUAAAUAACCACACAAAUGUUAGCUUCUGCCUACGAUUUGCAUCCACUUCCUGUUGAUUCAGCAGAUGCAUCUUUCUGCUAUGCUACUUCACGACAGAAGUGAACAUCUAAUUAUUGUUGUGAUGCAUUCAAGGCCCACGGUUAGCCCUGUUCGUCUCAGCUGUGGUUUAGUCCCUGAUUGAACUUCUAAAAGGAACUCCGCUGUAAAUGUAGACGACUCAGCGGUUUCCGAUCCCCUCCCUUUUGUUAAUAAGCAGCAGAAUAAGCCAAAAAAAAAGCCCUGUUGCUACCUGGUGGGGAAAACGUUCAUCAGGGUCUUAAUUUGUUUUGUUUACAUGAGCAACUUAAGCGAAGUGAAAAUAGAUUAAAUGUAAAUAGUACAACUCUUCUUGAAACAGAAAAGAGAAGAAGAAUGUGAAUUACAAGUGAAACUCGCUUGUUGUGUAGAAAAAUCACGUUUGAUCACUCAACGUUUGACCGCAGCGGUCUGGUGAGCUUAGCUCGGUGGGCAAUUUGAACGGCACAUUUAUUCUUUGGAGAUAUUUAAUUUACGGUGAACACAAAACCAACUAAUUGGAAAUUGAAAAACAAGCUAACGCUCACGAGGCAGACUCUCAAAUUGCCCACUGGCUUUGACUAAUGACAAAGCUGGACCAGGACAAAAAAACAUAUGCAAGUGUUGUUGUUUUUUGGUCAAGGAGGUAAAAAAAAUGCCAAGCAAAUAGAUACAAUUCUACAGCAGGCUUUAGUUAUGUUAAAACUCUUGAUUUUUUUCUUGUCGGCUAUUAUUUUAAGACCACUUUGUAAUCGUAGGUCGUGUUCAUGUCGAGCUAUUUCCCUGGAGUGCAGUCAGUGAGGAGCUUAGGGAAACUAGUUGGCGUUAACAUCGUUUUGUGAAGAGUUUAAGGCUGAGUAAUGCUGGAGGAUUCAUGCAGACAGCAGGUCACAUAUACAAACUAGAUUAUUGUUUCUCGAUGUAUAGACACCAGGUUCUCGUGUCAGACUUUGAGUUUGGUGAUUUCUCACUGAACCAGUUUUGUAUUCUAGUGUUUCAAAUGAGGGGCCAGUUUAAUGGGAUGCUACGUUGAAGGAAAGUUGUCAUAGGACGCAAUGUUAGAAACAAAAAAGGAACUCCACCAUGUCCAACAGAAAGGAACCGAAUACAGAAAUGAGUGCAUUAUCGUUUUAGCUUCAUGAGGUUUGUUGUCUUUGCAGCACAGAGCGUUGUGUUGUCGCUAUUGUUCAAAUUGAGUCUGAUUCCCAGUAGAAACAGCGGUUGAAUUGUUGAUCUAACGGUGAUUGACGCGUCCCACCCGUUAUCCAAUCAGAGCAUUCGUCUGUGGGCAUGAUAUGGAUGCCACAGUUUGAUUUGCCUGCAGCGAUGGUUGAUAGCCGCCAUCCUCGAGAGCCGUGAAUAUAAUAUAUAACCAGCAUGAAGAUAAAAUAUCAGAAACGGGACAAUAAGUUGACAUUGCAAAUGACAAUCAAUAUGAAGCAUUUGCUAAGUUUAAAACUCACUUUUUUACACGUUAAUUCUUUAAGUUGCACUUUUUUUUAUAUUCUUAAGGACACCUUUACAUGUAAACGUUUUCUUAACCAGCUUUUUUGAAGAUAGUUGUUUCAAAACUGUCAAAUCUUAACAUCCAACUUGUGUCCUCAGUGGUCAGGAGGCCGAACUGAAGCUUAUUACCUUACAGUUUAAUAAACACAAUAGGAUUUUGGUACAAAAUCCACCUUUACAUAUUGACUGAAUAACAGUUUUAAUGCUUGACUGAAUUGUUCCCCACUUCCUGUGUGAGAGUCCGAUGUGUUACUUGAAUCCAUGGCUGUUGCCAACCAGAAACUUAGUAUGCAGCUAGUGCAGUCUUUGUGUUUGAGUAAUAACGUUAAGGAUGCUAAACGCUGUUCCUGCUGCCGAGUUCAAAGGCAAACCUUUUUAAAGAAGGACGCACAGUGAGGAAUCUGUUGGGUGUGUAGACAUUGCUGUGCCUUCUAGCAGCCACUAGGGGGCAGAUAGAGUAAAUGAAGGAGCGACUGAGCAUUUCACAGCGAUACUGAUGCUAGGAAUACAAUGUAAGAUAUGAGCUAAUGUUGUGAGUUGCACAGCAGGGAGCGUGGAAGGUAACACUUCAGUUUACCUCACUUUUCAUCGUGUUUGUAAAGCAGGCAAGUCGUGUUGUUCGGAUUACGCAAAUAUAUAUGCAAUGUAUUUAGGUCUUUUUCUAGCACGGAUAGAUGAUAUCUGUUGGCUGUAUUUACCAUUAAACUGUGCUGGAGUUACUACCACUGUGCCCCCAAAACCCCCCCGUCCCACCUCGUUAGAACGCCCAUGAACUUCUGCAGUGAGUGCAAUGCAGAUCGUUUGCUUGCUUUCACCUCGCUGUCACUGAGAUUCUCUGAAUGAGCCGCUUUCUGUGUGCGUGCGAUGUUCACAUUAGAGCAGAAGCUGGCCGCAGGAAAGUCUGACAUGUGCGCGGUGCCUUGAAGUGGCUGAAAAGUGUUAGCUUAGGGCUGGGUAUUUUUUCAAUGUCAGAUGAAGAAUCUAUACUAUUUAUUUUAUACUAAAAAUGCAGAAACGGAUGCAGUACGGGAAAGUCGGCGCACUCAUUCGCUCUCUAGUGGACAUUGUUAAGCAUAGCAGUUCAAGAUAAUAAAACACAUUUCCUUCAGUUCAUUUAAUUAUCCAAUAGUUUGAUACCCUUCAAAACGAAUGCCAUUACCAACAAAAUCAUGUGUGCUUUGUCUUAUUGGCGUUAACUAGCGUCCGAAACAAAGAUGGCAACCAAGUAAAAGCUGCUUACAUCAUUGUGAGCCGGUUAGCAUGCUGGUGUUAGCAUUUAGCUGUUACUCAAUAUCAGUGUUUCUCAACUUUUUCAUACCAAGGACUUAACCAAUAAAAAAACACUCGCGGACCACCUAACUCCACAAAUAUCCCAAAACACAUCGUUUUUCUAGAACAGAUUAUAAAUCGCCUGAAAAUGGUACAAACAAGUGACAACAUGUGUGACGAAGGUGUUGCGCUGGGCUUUAUCAUGCAAUAGAAAGUGAAACUUAAGCUUGUUCCAUUGCGGAGAUAUUCCCGCGAGAGUGCGGAAAACUUAAAUGUAUUUAUUUAUUUCAAAUGUGAAAUGUUACCAAUAUACUCACGGACCACUAGGGGGCGCACACGGACCACUUUGAGAAGCACUGCUCUAUAUAGUAUAUCUGUUGUUGCCACUCAGUAGUGUUUGAGGUGGCGUCCUGUGAAUAAAUGCAUCCCCUGUACAGUAAAAAAGCCCAAACGUAACAUUUGCUUUGACCACCAGCUUUACUAAUCAAAAAGUGAUUUCCUCUGAGAGAAAAAGUCGUCAUUUAGAACAAGUCAGCACUUUAGUUUUUGAAUAUUUUAAAAACCUUUUUUGAUGCCUUAAAUUUACCCGGCGAUACCCAGCCCUAAAGGAGCGGAUAGUGGAGUUUGUUACACUGUAUACAGCGUUAUACUGACCUUUUUCCAGCAGGAGUGCUUUCUAUUGUCGCCGAACAAUUAAUGGUGCUACGCUCCCAUUGCUGCGGCCUGAAGGCCCCUCUGUUGUAGGAACCCCAUCGAGUUAUAGAAAAUACUUCAGUUACUCAGAUUAGUGUUGAAGUCUUCUGUCGUCCCUCCGAAACCUCAGCGAGGGGCGAGGGGCGAGUGAGUGUAGCGCAGACAGGUGUCAAAAAGAGAGGUUGCUCCACAGUUACGUGUGUGUGAGUGAGAGGUGUGUGUGUGAGAGUGUGUGUGUGUGUGUGAUUUACAGAAAGGUUCUUCCAGAUAUGAAACUGUUUUUUUUUGGGACCAGGUGGAGUUGUAGUUAACAGCAACCGUAGGAAUCAGCUGUUUGCACACAGAGUUCUCGAGUCUACUUUCGCUGCUAGUUUGUGUAAUUUAUCAAGCAUUUCUGAGAAAUAUUUAUUUUUAUAAGCCUAAUACAAAAGUUGAUAUUUUACAAAGUGACUUGACCAAAAGACAGUAAACAAAAACACUGGCACUUGAAUGUUGAAUGUCAUUGGUAUGAGUGAAAAUUUCUAUUUUUCUGGGGUAGUGUGAGCUUUUUAAAUGUUAAAGAUGCAACGUGUAGGAGUUUCUCUUUGAAUAUGUCAGCGCAACAACUCGUAUAUUUAAAUGGAAAACUGUCACUGGUGCCAAAUCCCAAAACAGCAAUAGCGUGCGCAUCUUUUCGUCUUCAACCAAACUCCUUUAUUUUAAUACAGGUGUGCUGAAAUGAGGUGGCAGUACUUCCUCAUAUUCCUCAGUAACUUUUGAAAGUCGUACCCAGCUUGUAGCCACAACCCUUUUCUGUUAAUUGCACCGAUACGUGAAGAUGUGCACGUGGAGCCGCUGACAGUCUCACUACAGUUGAUGUGACAUAUUUGGAGAAACGUCCUGCACGGGUUACCUUUAAAGUCUCAUUGGACUCAGUAUCAGAUCCAUAAACACCUGUUUGUGCGACAGGCUCCGUUGCCAAUAAUGAUAACCAAGCAUAAACAGCCAUUUUUUUUAAUUGGCAAACAAAAUUUGAGACAAUACCACCAUAUAUGCCAAGGUUUGGAUUAAAAUAAAUAAAACAAUUAACAAAACGUUACGAUCAAAGACCAUUUUGUAGAAAAAAAAACAUGCAGUACAAAAAACAAGUGUCCAGAUUCUCUCCAAGUCAGAUGUUGAUUUUAUUUGUGUUUUGUUUUUUUCGUUCAUUUGAGUCUUUACACUUUUCCUUCCCGUAAAUGCCCUUGUUGUGAGUGUCUGGCAAGUGGUGAUCUUUAAAAGUCUUCAUAACACAGAAUUAACUGUGGUUCUAUUGCUAUGUUGUUGUGAUUUGCAUAUUUUCAGGCGUCUGUGUGUUGAUGCUCGUAUGGAGGGGAGCUUCUGGCCAAUCAGAAAUGGGUAAAAGAUGACGUAAUAGGGGUCUUUUACACAUGUGACAUCACGACUCUUCAUCCACAUCUUAAAUGAGAAUAAGACCCUCUGCACCAUGCAAUGGGACCCAAAGAAAGCGCCUUUUUUAUGCACAAUAACGUUGGGCUUUCUUGGUAACAAAUGCACCACUGUGCCGCUCUAUGUCCCUUUCAGUUCAAUGUAGAGGGUUAUUACAGGAAAUAAAAGUGUGUAGUUGUAUUUAGGAAUGAUUGCUGUUUUAGUGACUGAAUUGAAAGGAGAUGUAGAGCUCAGUGUUGUUAAUAUUUCUGACUGGCCAGACCCUCGAUGUGGACUCGGCACCCCCGGCCUGCUAGUUAGUAUUUGCUUUCUGUAUUAGUUUAGCAGUUGUGCACGAAGAGGAGCACUGCACGAAGAGAAAAAAAAUAAUUGUGCAUCUAUUCUGAUUUUAUCACAAAUAAAGGUUUGGAUUUGCAAGUGUAAA